UCUGUUUUGUUCUCUCCCUGUCGAAACAAAAACUCCAAAGCUCAAUACAUACACAGGCCACACAAGCCGUCUGGAUUUCUCUCCCGCCAUUAAUCCCAAUUCUCCUUCCUCCAAAAACCCUAACCCUCGACCCUCACAUUUUCCCCCCAAAUCCAACCUCCAACUUCACACAGACCCACAAUUGCCCCUCUCGCCGGCGUGAUCGCAAUCGCGCCAUGAAUUUCCAAAUGCCACUCCAGCUGAACUCCCAGCCGUCUGAUCAAGAUCGCCGCUGAAUUCGAACUCUAAUUGCGGCCGAUCACAAUGUCUUGGGGACUGGGCUGGAAGCGGCCCUUGGAGAUCUUCCAUCUCGUGCUCACGUACGGCACCGAGGGUCCGCCGGAGACCUUCGACCGUACGUCGUCGGCGUCGUCCUCGUCGUCCUCGUCUUCCGUGGCGACGCAGGAUCAAGAAUUAGGGUAUCGGAUCGACUUGGAUUGGCAGGCUGGGGACGAUGAGGAGCAGGUGGCUCUGAGGCUCCAGUCGCAGCUAAUGGUGGCGUUGCCGAUGCCUCAGGACACGGUGGUGGUCGAAUUGAGGACCGAGGAGGCAGAGGAAGCGAAUGUGGGUGUGGACAUGAGGGUGGUGAGGCGCAGAGAGCCGUUGAGAGCUGUGACCAUGACCAAGACGGCGGGGUCCGGCCAGCAAAGCGAUGGCACUGGAGUCUUGACUCGCUUGCUGCGCUCCAAUUUCGCUUCAACAAUGCCUGCAGUUGCCGACGGCGAGGCGGCCUGCGGUGUGCAUUGGCAGUGCGUCACCGUGGUCAAUCUGAGUGGUUGUGGGUUGUCGGUUUUACCGGUAGAGCUAACUCGGCUGCCUCUUCUCGAAAAGCUGUACCUUGAUAACAAUAAAUUUUCACUUUUGCCUUCUGAGCUUGGUGAACUGAAAAGCUUAAAAGUCCUCAGGGUAGACUACAACAUGCUGGUUUCAGUACCUUUAGAGCUGAGGCAGUGUGUUGGAUUGGUGGAACUUUCAUUGGAACACAACAAGCUAGUCCGGCCUUUGCUUGAUUUCAGGGCUAUGGCUGAGCUACGAGUUCUUAGGCUAUUUGGAAACCCUCUUGAAUUUCUUCCUGAAAUCUUGCCACUCCACAAACUUCAUCAUUUGUCUCUUGCGAAUAUCAGGAUUGUGGCAGAUGAUAACUUGAGAUCAGUGAACGUGCAAAUAGAGAUGGAAAAUAGUUCUUAUUUUGGCGCGUCCAGGCAUAAGCUAAGCGCCUUUUUCUCUCUUAUAUUUCGGUUUUCUUCUUGUCAUCACCCUUUACUAGCAUCUGCACUUGCAAAGAUUAUGCAAGACCAAGGAAACCGUGUAGUCGUUGGCAAAGAUGAGAAUGCAGUAAGGCAGCUUAUAAGUAUGAUAAGCAGUGACAACCGUCAUGUGGUUGAACAAGCAUGUUCUGCUCUUUCAUCUCUUGCUGCAGAUGUUUCAGUUGCCAUGCAGUUGAUGAAAUCUGACAUUAUGCAACCCAUCGAAACGGUUUUGAAGUCUAUGCCCCAGGGGGAAGUAAUUUCUGUGUUGCAAGUUGUGGUGAAGCUGGCUUUUGCAUCUGAUGCUGUAGCUCAGAAGAUGCUGACCAAGGAUGUAUUGAAGUCUUUGAAAUUGUUGUGUGCCCUUAAAACCCCUGAGGUACAAAGAUUAGCUUUGCUGGCAGUAGGUAAUUUGGCCUUCUGUCUGGAGAAUCGCCGUCUUUUGGUUACUUCUGAAAGCUUGUGUGAACUUCUAAUGCGCUUGACGGCUGCACCUGAGCCCCGUGUCCAUAAAGCUGCAGCUCGUGCUUUAGCAAUUCUCGGGGAGAAUGGAAUCCUGCGCCGUGCCAUAAGGGGGAGACCGGUGCCAAAGCAAGGAUUGCGCAUACUUUCAAUGGAUGGUGGUGGUAUGAAAGGUCUGGCAACUGUGCAAAUUCUUAAAGCAAUUGAGAAGGGAACUGGAAAACAGAUACAUGAGUUGUUUGACCUCAUAUGCGGCACAUCAACGGGUGGAAUGCUUGCUGUUGCACUUGGCAUUAAGCUAAUGUCUUUAGACCAAUGUGAAGAAAUAUACAAAAACCUUGGAAAACUUGUCUUUGCUGAACCUGCGCCAAAGGAUAAUGAAGCUGCAAGUUGGAGAGAGAAGUUGGAUCAGCUCUAUAAAAGUUCGUCCCAGAGUUUUAGAGUUGUUGUACACGGAUCUAAACAUAGUGCAGAUCAGUUUGAGAGAUUGUUGAAGGAAAUGUGUGCCGAUGAGGAUGGGGAUCUGUUAAUAGAGUCCGCAGUUAAAAACGUUCCCAAAGUUUUUGUUGUAUCAACUUUGGUGAGCGUGAUGCCAGCUCAGCCUUUCUUAUUCCGAAAUUAUCAGUAUCCUGCGGGAACACUAGAAGUGCCUCUUGCAAUUUCAGAAAGUUUAGGAAUAACUGGACCACCUCCUGGAUGUGCUGAAGGUGGCUAUAAGCACAGUGCCUUUAUAGGAAGUUGUAAGCAUCAAGUAUGGCAAGCUAUAAGAGCGUCAUCUGCUGCUCCGUAUUAUCUUGAUGAUUUCUCAGAUGAUGUAAAUCGUUGGCAAGAUGGUGCAAUAGUGGCAAACAAUCCUACAAUCUUUUCCAUUAGAGAAGCACAACUUUUAUGGCCAGACACAAAAAUUGACUGCUUAGUUUCCGUUGGCUGUGGUGAUGUUCCAACGAAGGUGCGAAAAGGUGGUUGGCGUUAUCUGGAUACUGGUCAGGUAUUGAUAGAAAGUGCAUGCUCUGUGGAACGGGUGGAGGAAGCUUUGAGCACAUUGCUACCCAUGCUCCCUGGAAUACAAUAUUUUCGGUUUAAUCCAGUUGAUGAACGCUGUGAUAUGGAACUGGAUGAGACUGAUCCUGCACUCUGGCUGAAAUUGGAAGAUGCAGUUGAGGAAUAUAUUCAGAAAAAUUCUCUUGUACUUAAGGAUGCCUGUGAGAGACUACUUAUGCCCUUUCAACAUGAUGAGAAGUGGUCACAUGUCCCCAAGUCAAAGGCAUCAAAUGACGCAGAGGAAAAAAGUCCGUCUCUAGGUUGGAGGCGCAACGUACUACUUGUCGAAGCUUCGCAUAGCCCCAAUUCUGGUCGUGCUCAGAACCAUGGUCAUGCACUUGAGUCAUUUUGUGCUCGUAAUGGAAUACGAUUAUCGCAAAUGCAAGGCAUAUCAGGAUUUGUGAAAACGGUACCAGCAACAACAUUCCCAACGCCAUUUGCAUCACCUUUAUUUCCUCCAAGCAUUCCAUCGAGUCCACUUUUCUACAGUCCUGAUUUUGGCCCACAGAGGGUUGGCCGAAUCGAUAUGGUCCCACCUUUAAGCUUAGAUGGAAAAGGAGCUGCAUCACCACCUGAUUCUCCUUCAGGACCUAGACAGCUUUCUUUACCCGUCCAGUCAUUGCACGAGAAGUUACAGAACUCGCCCCAAGUGGGGAUUGUACAUUUAGCCCUUCAAAAUGACUCUCGUGGCUCGAUACUAAGUUGGCAGAAUGAUGUAUUUGUGGUUGCUGAGCCCGGAGAGCUUGCAGAUAAGUUUCUUCAGAGUGUUAAACUGAGUUUGAUAUCAGUGGUGCGAAACCGCCGCAGGAAGGCUGAUUCAUCUUUCGCCAAUAUUUCAACUAUUUCUGAUUUGGUUGCAUGUAGACCAUACUUCCAAAUUGGAGGCAUCGUUCACCGUUAUAUGGGACGCCAAACUCAAGUUAUGGACGAUGGCCAAGAAAUUGGAGCAUAUUUGUUUCGUAGAACUGUGCCUUCUAUCCAUUUAACACCUGAUGAUGUUCGCUGGAUGGUCGGAGCUUGGAGAGAUAGGAUCAUUAUUUGCACAGGGACAUAUGGACCUACGCCACCACUGAUUAAAGCAUUUUUAGACUCUGGCGCUAAAGCUGUUAUAAGUUCUUUAGCUCAGCCCCCAGAAACACAGCUGACAGCAGUCCAUGGAUCUGCAGAGUUCAGUGUUUUUGAAAACGGGAAGUUUGAGAUUGGUGAGGAAGAGGCCGAAGACGAAGUCGAAGAUGAGGAGGCUGAGCCUACCAGUCCGGUGAGUGACUGGGAAGAUAGUGAAAACGGGGACCGGUCUACAGGUUUUUGGGAUGACGAUGAGGAAGAGGUGUCGCAAUUUGUUUGUCAAUUGUACGAGUCACUGUUUCGAGAGGGUGUGAGCGUGGAUGUUGCUCUACGACAAGCUCUUGCCCCGCACCGGAAGUUGAGGUAUUCAUGCCAUCUUCCCAGCAUACACUAGAUUGCUAGCCAAAUCUCAUACAGGAAAAUAAAGAAAAUUGAAACAAAAAUCGUAGGAAAAUAGAAACGAGAAUAACGAGGAAAUAAGAGGAAACAUCCAAUUUUGAGGCUUACAAACAGAGAAGAAGAGUGAAAUGUUGUAACGGUGUUUGGCGUUAAUAGUAGAUAUAUGAGCUCAAAUGUUCUAACUCUCUUGUUUCCAAAUGUUUAUUUCUGCACUUACAUUAGUUAUAUGUUUGUUCCUUCAGUAAGUUCCCCAAUGUUUUCUGCCUGUGUGAAAGAGUUUGAAUAAAUGGAAGUAUGCUUGUUUUGUCGUUUUCA